UUCAUAAUGCGGCGUGGACGCUAUUAAUAUUCUUGCUGCAGAUGACGGUUUUUAAUGCGGGUUAAUUCGGUUUGUAGCGAUCAGAUAGAGUGCAGUACACUACCAUUAAUGUGCACGCAUGUCUCUUGAGUAACACAAUAGAUUCCACGCGGUGAGACGCUGAUUUCACUAUCGGUCUGAUCGGGGAUGGCAUGGCAAGAGGAGUCGUGCUAUUCUAUCAUAUCAAAGAUUUUCGUGCGAAAUGGCGUGCCAGUGGCGUUUUAUUAUUUGGCUGUUUUACAUCAGCCAAGUGUCGGCAGAUAGUGGGUCAAUAAGCAACGUGACAGGCGAGAGCAAUGGGACGACUUUUGUUGAGGAAACCAUAUUUACAGUGCCGGAUGACUAUGAUGAUACAACAAAGCCAGGAAGUCCAGGAGUCCUUCUGGACGUCAACUGCACAGCCUACAUCUCCAAACUUGGUCCAUUCUCGGACAAGGAUAUGGAAUUCUACAUCUCAUUUGUCCUUCUAUGUGGGUGGAAAGACGAAAGGCUUCCCGGCUCUUACAACCAAAGAGUAAUGGUUGACGAAUCAAAAAAGAAGAAGAUUUGGAGACCAAACAUAUGGCCGAUGGUACACGCCAAAAUCUUGAAAAGGGAAGACUUGCUUUAUCCAGUACUUCAUCCUGGAAGUGUGGUCUAUCUUAUGCAAAGAUUCGACUUCGAGGUCCCCUGCCUGAUGCAGCUUUACACCUACCCACAUGACCGACAAAUUUGCAGUUUCAUUUUAGGAUUCGUUGGUGGCAUCAAGGUUCGCUGGGAGCCCUCUCCCUACUUCCAGUCCGAUUCUCCUAUCAUCAUUUCAAUGCCGAAUGUGCGUCCAGUGUUUCAAAUCGACAAAGUCGACUUCAACAGCUUCACCCUCAAUGUCCAAAGCUAUGGAGAUACCUGUAUCUAUCAAAGUGGUUCCUGUGACUACUCUGGCUAUGCGGACUGUAUCAAGAUGGGGAUCAAAUGUUUUAAGGCGGAGAACCUGAACACCACCGCGUGCCUCAACUGCCUCCAAAUGGGGGGCAAGUGUAAGCAGCAGAAUCCAUCACAAGAUUGCUCUCCAUAUCUGAACAAAGUGAACCUAGUUGGGGAUUUCCACACAACAUUGGAGGUCCGGUUUGCUUUGUCUCGUAGUCUAAGUUACCAAAUCCUCCACACCUACGUGCCGUCAUUUUUUGUGGUGGCGAUUUCCUGGGUUUCGUUCUGGCUUGACCCAGCGUCUGUUCCUGCCAGAACCGGUCUGGGGGUGACGACUGUCCUGACCAUGGUCACGCUGAGCACCAAAGUAAGACCUGCACCGGAGCUGAACUACAUCCGGGCUAUUGACGUCUGGGUGAUCAGCUGUAAGAUAUUCGUGGUACUCGCUUUGUUGGAAUACGCCUUCGUCAACUAUGCAACGAGGCAAACGUCUAAGGCUCCGAAAAGUCAACAGAGGACUGAAGAUGACGGGGAAGUGGAGAAAAGUUUCGUUGCGAACGAAGAUAGUUUGGACGGGACUAGUCUCCAACAACUGCCCGGGAUUACGUUCACAGGAUACCAGAUGGCAAAAAAACUAGAUUACGUUUCGCGAUUCGUGUUUCCGGCAGCCUACAUAGCCUUUGUAGCUACCUACUUUGGUGUCUUCACGUCCUCUGACCGGUACCAGUGAUAAAGAAAGUCAAUAAUGCUUCGCACGGUUGGCACAUAUCAAGCUAGAGUGACUGUCUUUAUAAAGAGUCUCAUUGUCGAAGCUGCAACAAUGAGUGACACGAUGAUUGGAAAAAAACGAUCUCAUUAAACAACAGGUCAUUGUUGACUACUGCUUUACAUAUAACACAGAUGAACUAAACUAAGAUACGUUAACCUGAAGUAUACGGCAGUUCCUCGCAAUAAGUAAUAAUACUGUUCAUAAUUUGAUUAUACACAAUCAAAGCAAACGCUAAUCAUGUUUGCGCUCUUGGUUUGAUUUUGUCUCUCACUACUAAUAUUUCCGACAACAUUAUACUGCAAUACAAAUUGUACAACACUCUGUACAACUGUACAACUUUAUAGAUGUCACCAUUAUUGAGGACAUUUGACGUGAAAGACUCUCAACAAGUGGCUUGAUUAUUACCAGCUCCCUGUGGCCUACAUAUACCUCUAAAGCAAAUGUAUACAUCAGCAACGAGCAAUUGAAGCAUGCAAGCGAUGAGACAAAAAGACUCCUUGCACAAUCAUACGAAGGAAGCAACGCGAUGUUUAUUUACAUUCCAUACAUCAACCUAUAUUGUCGGUGAUAUUGUGAGGAGUGAUGUCGAUGUGAUCAGCACACAGAAAACCAAUUAAAGAGGUCUAAAGUGCUAUAGAAGCGAUGCAUUCUUGCAUUCUAGUAUGUUACGCUUUCCAUUCUGCUAUACACAUCAAGGAUUUGUCUCUAUAGACAGUUCUGAUUAUAUUUGCAGUGAGACAUGCUAAGCUUAGGUGCGAUUAAAUGUUUAAUGUUUCACUGUAGCAUUUUGUGAAUCUGGUGUCUGUCAUAAAAUGACCGAAGUGCAGGUAGCCCAUGAUGAAAUGUGACCAUCGACGCUUGUGAAGCUAAUA